ACAAAAUUUUGUACUGUCCAUCGUGAACACUUUGGUGACUAACUCUUGCACACCAUCUAUUUGUAAAAUUGUCUGAGAGACAAAACGCAGCUAGAUAUUGCAACAAAAAAUGGCUGAAAAAUGGAAGAAAACAGCUCUUCUUGUCAUCGAUAUGCAAAAUGAUUUCGUAUUGCCUGGUGCGCCGUUGCUGGUUGAUGGUGCUGCUGCAAUCGUUCCGAAUGUGAUAAAAGCUGUUGAAGUUGCUAGAGAACGUGGCAUGCUUGUAGUUUGGAUUGUUCGGGAGCAUGAUGCAUUAGGGAGAGAUGUUGAACUCUUCAGAAGGCACUUGUAUAGUGAUAAGGGGGGACCCACUGUAAAAGGACAUGAAGGUGCUGAGCUUGUUGAAGGACUUGAGAUACACAAAGGGGAUUAUAAGUUGGUUAAGACACGAAUGAGUGGUUUUUUUGCUACUAACCUUCAUUCAUUUCUGCUAACUUCUGGAAUUGAUAGCUUGGUAUUUGUUGGAAUUCAAACUCCUAAUUGCAUUAGACAGACAGUCUUUGAUGCAGUAGCGUUGGAUUUCCCUUCUGUCUCUGUCAUUGUCGAUGCCACAGCUGCUAAAACUCCUGAAGUUCACUAUGCCAACAUUUCCGACAUGAAAAAUAUUGAAGUAGCAACUCCGACCUUAGAAGAAUGGUAAGGCAGAUGGUUGAUGAAGACUUGUGUUUCUCUCUGGCAGUAAUAUACGGUAUCUUAUAUGGCUCUACAAACAUGUUUGCUGUUGCCAAACUUCUAUCUGUAUGAUCUGUCGUCUCAACGGAUUCUUGGGUGCUCUACUAGUAUGCUAUAUAUCAUGAUAAAUUGAUAAUAAAUGGUCUUAUGAUGCAUGCAAUAGCAUGUAAUGGUUAUCAAUUUGUUCCUGUAAAUUGAUUGUACUUCAAUAAAAAUUUGUGCCUUUUGUAUUAGGGUUGAGCCAUCACUUCUUUUUUCUUUUUUUUUAUUGGACAACACAUUACAAGAUUUUAAUAAUACUCUUUUUAUUUGAUA